AUGCAAAUCUGCACCGUAUUUCUAUCAUUUUCAAUUCUUUAUUUGAUCCCUUUCACCCUCGAAAAACCGACAAAUCAAACGGAAGUCGCCGAGAAAACAAAUGAAUCUAAAAAGUCCGAGCUUCGCGAGAGGCGACUUUUACAGAGAAAACGAAGGAAAAUGAAAGAAUUGAGAGAGGAAAUUCGAAUAUUGACAAUGCAAUUGGAUCCACAAGCCAACCGCGAUUUGUUCGAGAAUUUCAGCGAAAAAGAGGAAAAACCAUCAGGAAAUCGACGACGACAUCACAGAGAAGAGAAAUGGAAUAAGAAAUUGUUGGAGAAAUUGAAGCACAUUGUGAAUCGCUUGGAUCGACUCGAAAGAACAAUCUCCACCGUAUUUAAGAUUGAUCGAAUCGAUGGCGAGAAACCGAAAAGCACAACAAAAUCGUCGAGAAGACGACAAAAAGUGACAAAGAAUAAGAAUGAGACGGAAAUGAAUGAAAAAGAAAUAAGAAGGAAAUUGCCAGUGAUUCCCACAAAACAAGACUUCAAUGUGUGUCUACAACACAAGGAUUGUAUGCCGGGAUCUUGUUGCAUUCGUCGAGUCGACAACACGCAGAGAUGUCAAAUUUUGAUGUUAGGCGUGGAUGCAUUGUGUACAGAUUCGUGUCAAUGCACACCGCCGAUGAGCUGUUUUCAGAAUACGAACAGUACAAUGGCAAUUUGCAAGCGACCUACUGGAGAUGAUAUUCGAAAUGGAAUAUAUUUGUCGAAAGAUGAUAAGAUUUUGAUACAAGAUCUC